AUGUCAUCACUCAAAUCCAUCAGACAUGCUGCCCUCAUCCACAAACCUCUACUACAACAGGUUCUCUCUGUUUUAACAACACACCACAGCAACAAUAGAUUGUACCAUCACCAAGAUUCCACAAAGGAAUCCAUAACUAUUUCAUCUGUUGCUGCCAACACUGAAGCCAAGUGUCCCUAUCAUAAAGAGGAUGGUACAGUAGAUGUGGCCAAAUCUGUUGCCAAACCAUUUGGAGAAAUUCCAGGCCCUAAGCCUCUUCCAAUUCUUGGUAACUAUCUGGAUAUCAAGAAACACUCCAAGAAUACAAUGAGUUAUUUUCUUGAUUUGUGUAAUGAGUAUGGAGAGAUGGUCAAGUUGACUGCUUUAAACAAAAAUAUGGUUAUCAUUUCAAACCCAUACUGGAUUGCUGAUCUUGCCAGAGUUGAGGAACGUAGAACAGUUCUAAAUCCUUCAAGAUAUUACAAAGAAAGCCGUGGUUAUGAAAUGGUACCUAUUGAAAUGAAGAUUGAAGAGAAUUGGAAUGAAAUUCGUCAAAUCUUCAACCUUGCCAUGAAACCAGAGUUUCUCGAUCAAAUCGUGGUACCUCAACUGACAGAAAUGAACAGUGAUUUGAUCAGACAAUUGAAGAAGAACUUUGUAAAAGUUGGUGAAAAUCAAUUCAGACUUGAUGAUGGUCUCGAAGCAACUUCUAGAUAUGCAUUCGAUGCAAUUAUGAAAAUUUUCUUUGGUGUCAAAAUGACUGAAGAGCUUGAAAAGAGUUUACCAUUCAAACUUGACGAUUUCUCAAAGAAAGCCAUCACAAUUCUUGAUUUGUGUGGAAGAUUAGAUUACAAGUUCCCACUCUACAAAUAUUUCAAGACAGAGGAGUACAAGACAUUGGAGAGUUAUUACGAUCAAGUGAUUGACAAUGCCAGAUAUUGUGUUGAAAGAUUUGGAGCUUCACAACCAGAAAAUGCCAAGCCAAGAUUUUACGAAAUUCUUGUAAAGAAGGCAGAGGGAGCCACCAACUCAAAUGAAAAGGUGUCAACAGUUCUCUCUACAUUUAUUCAGGGAGGUGUGGAUAUUACAAGUCGUAUCAUGAAUUUUAUCUUGUACAGAUUGGCUCAUCAUCCAGAAUAUCAAGAAAAGCUCUAUAACGAGUGCCUUGAGGUUUUUGGUCCUCCGGCUUUGGAUGAAGUUUCAUCUGAAAAUGGACUAAUCAUCACCCCAGAGCAAUACAAACAACUCAAGUUGGUGAGACAAUUUGUUGAAGAAGUUUUAAGAUUCAAUUCAUUUGCUUACAUUACAAUGGGAAGACAAUUGAAUUCUGAUAUUGAAAUUGGUGGAUAUAUUCUACCAAAGGAAACUAUUGCAAUUUUCAUGAAUUAUUAUCCAAGCAUGAAAGAUGAAUACGUUCCGAGAGCUUUGGAAUUUAUUCCUGAGAGACAUGAAAAGAAAUCCCCUCUUGCUCCAAAAUCAAUGUUUUCUUCAAUUCCUUUCGGAGUUGGUGCAAGAAAAUGUCCCGGAAGUCGUGUUGCAAAUACAGAGCUCCAUUUCCUUUUGAUCAAUGUCAUUAGAAACUUUACUCUCACAAAGAAACAUUCUGAAUUCCCAGAAAUGGAGACUGACCAAUCAAUGUUCUACAUUAACACUAACAAGUAUCCACUAUAUUUCCAUCCAAGAGAACACACAAAGCACUAUUUCAAUUAA